AACAAACUUUAGCAACUGAAACGCGCCUAAGCAGAAAUGGGAGUAAUUACAAGACUUUUUCAGGCUGACUUCUCUUGAAACUGCGCUAAAGAAAAUUUCAUACUCUAAAACAGUUGGAAAUAGGAGUAAUGAGGGAUUAUCUUCCACCUAAUCCCUUGACAAAAGACAAAGGCGGUAUAUGGGCUCGAGGGGUCAAAGAUGGUUUAAUCACUUUGGGUUCUGAUGAGGAGCCUUCAUUUAGCUACUGUUCUUCAAGUUCGGAUGCAUCCAACAUAACUCUAACGAGUGAAUUACUUUUGAAACGUGGUUUAUUUAAAGAUCAAUCAUGUAUAUGCGAAGUCGAUGUGUCUUGUCUGGGUUUGGAGGGCUUGGAGCCCGAUCUACAUCUAAAAUUUACCUCCCUAAAAAAACUAGUUGCUGCUGAUAAUACUCUUUCUUUAGAAUGUUUUGAGAAAUUUAAUGAUUUAGUGGAACUGGAUCUUUCGCUGAACCAAAUUAACUCACUAUCGAGCUAUUCACACGGAUUUAACAGUUUACAUUAUCUCAAUUUAUCAUAUAAUUUUCUCCAAUCUGCGGAUAUUGAAAAACUCGGUUAUUUGCCAUCUUUACGAAUUUUGUAUUUAAGUGGAAAUGAUCUUCGUAGAUUACCACCGGACUUGUCAGAAACAAGUUCAACCUUGGAUGAACGUAUUGUGUUCAGAUUUGCGAAAUUAGAAAUCCUCUAUUUGGAUGAUAAUAAACUUUCAGAUGCACAAGAUUUUGCCAGUUUAGGCACUCUCCCAAGGUUGACAUAUUUAAAUUUGGCAAAUAACAGAUUUACUACUGUACCAUUAUUAAAGUCAACACCACUAAAAAGACAUCAGAUUACUAAAGCUCAGAAUAAUUCUACAAUUGAAAAUAUAUCGUUUUCAAAAUCUCCCACCAGUCUAAAUGAAACUAUUCAACAUGAUAGCUUGUUAAUUGGUUAUAACGAAAAGGAUGGAGAUAACAAGAGUUUAGUGAUAAAUGGGAGAUCCAUGAAGACUUCAUAUCAUCACAAAUGGAGUUCUGAUGAUUCUUCUGGUUCCAACAAAAAACAGUUGACAAACAAUCUGUGUAAGAUAGUGAACAAACGGUCUUUGGAAAAAACAAAUAAUUUAUCUUCUCUCACAAGAAAGGAGCCUCGGGAACAACAACAAAAUAUAAAAAACUGUUCUCUAUCACUAGAUGAACAUAGAAAUCCGAAUGCUCCACGUGUACGCAUAGUAGACGAAUUUAUUGGUUUAUAUAAUUUGAAGAAGUUAUUUCCUUUAAUUCAUGAUAAGCAAACAAAAUGUAAUCAUCAAGGUGAUUGUAAGUCUAUUCAGUUAGAUUCUGACUUUCAUAUGCACAAAUCAAAUUCAGGAUUACCAUUAACAGCUAAAGAAAGAUCUACACCUGAUCGGACUUUUACAACAGAUGAAUUGGUCUCAUUGGACAAUGAAGAAAAUUCUAUUGAUUUAUCUCAUAAUAGGAUAUCCUGCGAAGAACACCUAUUGCCUAUUGCUGUAUGGCCGAAAUUGAAAGAAUGUAUCAUCUAUGCCAAUCCUAUCAUAAGUAAAUCAUCUAGAAUUCCCCCAUUACUUGAACGUUUAUUAAUACAGCAAUUACAUAUUAAUCUAUGUCGAAAUCCAAUUGAUAAUCCAAAUUUAUUUGAAAUCAAGAAUACCAGUUUAUUGGAAAGAAAUGAAUUAAAUAGCUGUUUACAACAUAUAUCACCUACACAAAAUCAAAAUUUUGGGAAUAACGAUAUCACUAUUGUUAGUAGUGGUACUAAUACAAUGAACAGGUUAUCUCAUAAAAAUAUUCCAAAAUAUAAAAUGGCAUUGAAUAAAGAUAAGGAGGGUAAAUCAUAUCAUUCCAGUAUGAAACCAGUUGUUAUUCGAUAUAAGUUAGACAAAUCAAGUUUAGAUUUAGGUCCAAAGAUGAUUAAAUGUAAUGUAAACCAAAUAUUAGAUAAAAUGAAAAUAUCAAAUCAAACGAACUUAGUUAAUCCAUCACAAUUAUCACUACCAACUACAACAGUAACAUCCAUAGCAUCAGUUAAAUUAUCAAACUUAUCUAAUUCAUCAAUCUUAAAUGAUUCAUUUCAAGAUAAUCCCUCAAUGUACAAUAAAAUUUCACAUUCUCUACAGUUACCUACUAUUGAGAGAUAUAAAACUUUUAUGAAAAAUGAUUCACAAAAAUUAGAUCAAAACUUACCAGAAUUUUUGGCAAAUCUUCAAUGUGACGAACAGAUUGAAGAAGAAAAUGAGGAUAUGAAUAAUUUUUUUACAACUCAAUUAUCAUCAGUAAAUACAACAAAUCCAACAGAACAUCAUACUUCAAAAUUUAGUCAUUCUGAUUAUAUUCAAUUUCAUCAACAAAAUAAUACUGAAAAUGACAAUGAUCAAUCAGAUGAAUAUUGUGAGGAUAAAACAUUAAUUAAAUGUCCAACAACUUCAGGACCGUUAUUAUCUAAUUUAGAAUGGAUUAUUGAUGAAAAACGUCUUCCAAACAGUAUGCAAGCAUGUUUAAGAGAGCUACGUUAUCUUUUACAACAUAAACCUACAAUUCAUGCACAUAGUUAUCAACAUAUCAUCUGUCCACCAUUAACACUACCUCGAGAUAAUCAUCAGUCUAUAGAGUACUCAACAGCAUCAUUAUCAUCAUCAUCAUCACCCAAGUUGAUAGAAAAUGUAAUCAAUUCUAAGGUUCAAGUUUCUUCAGAAAAAUCAUGUAAUCAAAUAUCAUCUAAGAAUAAAAUACCUCCAAGAAAUACCUCGUCAUCGUCGUUAUCAUCAAUGAAAUUGGUUCCAGUUUGUAAUGGUUUAGAAAUUCUUCCUUCAAAACUUAAUUUAAAUCAAUUUACAGGUUUCACUGAAAUCCCAUUGACAAAAGCUUUGAAGGAUGAAGAAAUUCAAAAGAGACAAUUGGAGAAAAUAAGAGCUAAACAAAAUCCUCUUGCUAGAAAAUUGAAAUUAGUAAAGAAUAGUAACCAACCAAAACGUACAAAAUUGAAAGGACCUAAAGAAUUAUUCGAACAAAUUCAAGUAAUCUAUUCAAAUGUACGUGAACAAGCAAUUACUGAAGCACUGAAUACAAUAAAUCAGGAUUUUGAUAAGAAAACUGAACAAAUUUGUCAAAAUAUUUAA